AUCAAGCUGGUUGAAGGCAGAUAAUCAGGUAGAGAAUGGAGUGUUUGAAGUAGAGGGGUUCACUGAUGCGAAUUUCUCUGUGUUCCCACAAGGCUCAGGAUGGGGACUGUAAAUCCUGAAAACAGGCGGGACUGUACCCGCUUCUUCCACUCUGGAGAAGAGGCCUCCACGCAGCCUCAGCUAAAGCAGGGCCCUCACAGCCCACAUGCUGAUUGGGUCUUCACGUGGCAACCGGCCGGAAGCGGAAGUCGUGCUCCCGACCAGUUGCUAGCGCACCGGGUGGGCGGGAUUCUCAGGCCAGCCGGCGUCUCUGUAGUAACCGCCUCUGUGAAAGCGGGGGCAAUGGCGCCAGUGUCCCGGUCCCGCUAUCCCGAGGACACCUCGGGCUCUCGGAAACGGCGAGGCAGCUCGUCGAGGAGCCCGUCGUCCGCUCAGGCUAGACGCUCUCCAUGGGGCGGCCGUUGUCACUCUUACUCCCGCGGCCGCGAGGGCCUCCGGCCUCCGUGGGGUGAGUCGGGCGUUGGCACUCCUUACCCCCUCAGCCGCUCUGGGUCCCGAGAACGGCCCUCCGGAUUCUGCAAUUACGCCUACUCGUCCUCUUCUUCCAUUUACUAUGGCGGACACCGUUACUAUCACCACCACUAUGCGGACGACCGGCAGUGGACGGAAGACUAUGAGAAGGAGGAGAUCUAUCGACAGAGGAGGCUGAGAGAGAGAGAACGAAUUGGGGAGUUGGGAGCUCCUGAGGUGUGGGGGCUGUCUCCCAAGUUUCCUGAGCCAGAUUCUGAUGAACACACCCCAGUUGAGGAUGAAGAGAUAAAGACUAAGAAGAGCAGCAGUUCAAAUGCCAGCUCCCAAGAAAAAAAGAAAAAGGAAAAGGCCAGUCAUUCAAAAAAUAAGAAAAAAAGAAAAAAAAAGUCCAAAAGAAAACAUAGGAAAUAUUCCGAUAAUCCUGACAGUAAUUUAGACUCCGACACUAAUUCUACCUCUGAUGAUGAUAAAAAGAGAGCAAAAAAAGCCAAGAAGAAAGAGAAGAGAAAGAAACACAGAGCUAAAAACCCCAAGAAACAGAAGACUAAAAAGACUAAACAAGAAUCCAGUGACUCAAGCUAUAAGGAUUCGGAAGGGGAGUUGCCAGAAGAUAUGUGGAUUGAGCGGUCAAAAAUUGCAGAUAACAUGGAUCUGAUAGGUCCUGAGGCACCUGUAAUACACACCUCUCAAGAUGGGAAACCUUUGAACUAUGGCCAUGCUCUGCUUCCAGGUGAAGGUGCAGCUAUGGCUGAGUAUGUAAAAGCUGGGAAGCGUAUCCCACGAAGAGGUGAAAUUGGGCUGACGAGUGAAGAGAUUGCUUCAUUUGAAUGCUCAGGUUACGUUAUGAGUGGUAGCAGGCAUCGCAGAAUGGAGGCUGUACGACUGCGUAAAGAGAACCAGAUCUACAGUGCUGAUGAGAAGAGAGCCCUUGCAUCCUUUAACCAAGAAGAGAGACGGAAGAGAGAGACUAAGAUUCUAGCCAGUUUCCGAGAGAUGGUGUACCGAAAGACAAAAGGGAAAGAUGACAAAUAAGGACUUUUAUUCUGUAGCAGGACUUUUAACAACAAUUUUAUAUGACC